AAGUCUUUUAUCUCGUCUUUUCGCUCAUAUUUUGAAUGAGAACAAUUAAAGUAAACGAUCGCCCCCGCAGUCGCAUGCGGCAGCGACCCCGUCAGAAGAAUGUCCUUAAUAACUAGACGCGUUGAUUAUCACGAACAUAUGUUCGGGUUCAUGCCGAGACAAGUGAACAGCGGCAGGAAGAGCACGUUUCCACGGCAACACGACGCCAACCGAUUCAGCGCACAAGAGCGAGCUGGGCCUUUUCAUUUCCGUCCAAAAUGAAUUCUAAAAACACCAAAGAUCUUACGAGUACCAACGUUCAACCGGCGAAAUCUGGCAAGUACGACGGUGAAAAAAAAGGAUACAUGCAUGGAAUCAAAGGCCAGAUAUCCCAAAUCCCUGGACUGUCCCCAAUUGUCAACACAGUCAGUGACGUGAAGAACAUUGGGAAAAGAGUUGGAGUUCUUGACAGUGAUUCGGACUAUGUCAAGCUUGCAAAACAAGGGGGCCACAAGGGGCUUCUGUAUUUUGAUGACACAGUCGCAUCCAAGCCCAACUCCUUUGACUCUGCAGACGUGGUGUUGAAUGGUCCUGUAGAAGCUCUUGGCAACCUAAGUGUCCUUUGCACCAAAGAGAGAAAAAGCCCGAGAGCUGCCACACAAAGAUCACUGCCUCCUUUUUGGACAGACAAUAUGUCUGCAUGGGAGAGGGAUGUUGAUGGCAGCCCUCGCAAAGAGAAGAAAAAGAAGGUUCCUGAAAAACAGUUGGUGCAAUGGCAGACGCCCAGUCCAAAUAAGGGAGGGAGCAAAUUCAGGAGGACUAUAUCUACCAAGAAAACCUCUCCAGUCAACAUGUCGAAGCUGUUAAGUUUUGGUUACGUAGAUGAGGACAAACCAUUGACAAGUGAGACGGAGUCAAGUACAACAUAAUCGUCUGGCUCUCUGUAAAUUUAGUCAUUUUAUGAUCAUGUAAAGUCAUUUAUUAUGUUUUUGCUUUUUCAUAUGCAUCUAAACCACAGAGAUAAUAAAAGUACU